AGGAGAACAGCUACAUCCAACGUAGCAGCAAACCAGCAAACGUGGUGGUGUUGACGUAGUGUCCUGAUAGGGAGGCGCUAACGUCGCGUGUGAGGUGGUGGAGUGGCAUUUUAUUUCGUGCAUUUUACGAUGUCGUCUUCAGAAGAAGAGUUAAAGGCUGGGCAUCCUCCUGCAGUGAAAGCAGGAGGUAUGCGGAUAACACAACACAAAGGCCCGAGAGAUGAGAAAGAAGCCAAAACCCCCAAGGAAGUACCAGAAAAUGACACUUCAACAUUGAAAGUUUCGACGAGUCCACCAAAGUCUCUCACUAUAUCUGGAGCUCCUGUCAGAGGUCAUGCAGAUUUUCCAACUGAAGCUGUUCAGAGUUUCCAUGAGAAACCUGUCCCUACACAUGAUGCUCGUCCAGCACAUGUUUCCAAGCCAAAUAUUAUCCAUCAGCCAAGAAAGUAGGAAAGCACAAGUGCAAAUGAAUUGAUAAAAAUCACAUUGACUUCACUGUGGGUACUUCAUCUAUGCAUUUAUUUGAAAGUAAAAUUCCUCAAAGAAAACAUAUUUUUAUUAAGAUAACUACAAUUCCACAAUGAUUUUGACAUUAACACUAUGUAGCAGUCAUGUUUAAAGCUUUUUUUUUUUGUACAUUGUUUUAUCUGAACAAAAGUUGUUUUUGUAUGAUGGCCAACUAUUAUAUUAUAGUGUACUGUAAAUAUGUUCAGUACUUGGGUAUUGGGAUAAUUAUAUAAAAUAAAAUCAAGCAAGUACAUUAACAUUCCUGCAUCUUGGUUCACAAAUCAUACUGGUUAAAUUCAGGGAAUAAGUUGCACUACAUCUUCAAUCACAAUAGGUGAUUUAUAUUUGCAUAUUUUUUUCUACUUUUCUGAAAGUCAAAGACUACACGUAUAAUGAUACUCAACAGUGCAAUGAUGGUAUUAACACAGAUAUGGCUUGCUAUGAUAGGCAGAUCAUAUAUAUAUAUAUUUUUAUAUAUUGAGUACUCAGAAAAUUUCCAAGAGUAUACAUUGGAAGACUGACAUUUCUGUUAUCCAAGUUCAUUUCUGGUUAUUAGCAUUGAUUUGUUUGGUUUUCUGUCAUUUGAAAGUGGAUGGGUCUGCUUAAUUGGUGGUGGUAACAGCUGAUGGAUAGUAAUUUUUGGUGCUUAAACAUAAUUUUUGUUGAAGUGAACUCUCACUUAAAAUUUUUACAUGUGUGUAUAUACCUACAUAUAUUCCAAUUAGAAUAAAGUAUUGUUUACUAUUGUGUUGAAUUGCAAAGAUAAUAAAACAAGUUCUUUCUUUUCAAA